GAAAGCAAUGCACUUUGGUUAUAGAAAACAAAUAGCAAAGAAAUGGAUAGAUGAAUUCAAAAAAGUAUGGCACAUAGCAGGACCAGCAAUUAUAACUUCAGUUUCUGUAUUCUCUUUGGACUGUGUAACUGCUGCCUUUGCUGGUCAACUUGGAAAACUUGAGCUUGCUGCAGUCUCUGAAGUUCAAAAUGUUCUACUAUGCUUUGUAAUUGGAAUAAUGUUAGGAUUAGGAAGUGCACUGGAGACGCUUUGUGGUCAAGCAGUUGGUGCAGGGGAAUACAACAUGCUUGGAAUUUACUUACAAAGAUCAUGGAUUAUCAGUAUAGUGGCAGCAUUGCUAUUGACACCGACUUAUUUCUUCGCGUCUCAAAUACUGAAGCUCCUACAUCAAGAUACAGAAAUAUCUUAUCUAUCUGGUAAAUUUGCAAUUUGGAUAAUUCCUCAAAUAUUUGCAAGUGCAUUGCACUAUCCUACAGAGAAGUUCCUUCAAGCUCAGAGCAAAGUUUGGUUUAUGGCUUUUAGUUCAAUGUUGACAUUGGCAAUUCAUGUGUUGUUGAAUUGGAUUUUUGUGACAAAGUUGAGUAUGGGACUUGUUGGUGCUGCAAUAGCUGGGAAUAUAUCUUUUUGGAUUUUGGUUGUGUCAAAGAUUAUUUAUAUUGUUUGUGGUUGGUUUCCUGAGGCAUGGACUGGUUUUUCAUUUUUGGCUUUUAAGUCAUUAACCAAAUUCUUGAGGCUCUCAGUUUCCUCAGCUAUAAUGUUAUGUUUAGAGGUAUGGUACUUCACAGGAGUGAUCUUAGUUGUAGGAGGCUUGAAGGAUGCUGAAGUUGCUGUUGACUCACUAUCAAUCUGGUAA